CAUCUUCUUUUGCAUCUUGACUCCAUUCAAUCCCGUCAAAUCAUCGCUUCAACCCAGACUUCGUGAGUCGAUCCUCUGGCCGAAGAUCAAAAGUGCCACCUUUGUCCAUCCUCAAGGCUGGAUCCCUCAGUGGGACAUCGACUGACGGUAUUGCGGUAUUGCCGCCGCCCCUCAGAUCACGACCAUCAUGCACUUCUCUGCCCUCUUUACCGUCCUCGCGACUGGUGCUUCCCUUUCAGCCGCUCACCAAGGCCACGCCAUCAGCCAGCUCUUAAAACGGGAUAUCCCAGGUCUCCCAGACAGUUGUAAAGACAGAUGUAACGAAAUCAACCCGGUUUAUGACGCCUGUAUGAACGCCGACGUCGAAGUCUGCAUUACCAUCUGUAACGCGGAUGUGUUUCCCAAAUACCAAGACUGCUUGCAGUGCAUCGUCGACCUUGUCCCGGAGGACCAGGAGGCUCAGCUCCAACCUUCCAUCGACCAAGUUGACCAGCUCUGCGCCAACAUCAAUCCCGAUGCCGGAAGUGCCUCUGGUACCAGCAGCGAGAGCGCAGCUGCAGAAUCCAGCUCAGCAGCAGAGAAUGGGACCGCUUCUGGCGCUGCAUCGUCCACUUCUUCCACUCCACUCGCCAGCCAAGCCGCCUCAGCCGCCAGCAGCAAAGUGGCAUCCAUCACUAGCGGCGCUGCGUCCAAGUCGUCAUCCGGUACACUUGGUUCCGCCGCGUCGAGCGUCCAAUCUGCCGUCUCUACUUCCGGAAGCGCUUCCGCUGCUGUAGGAGCGCCGAACCUGAUCGGAGGUUUCGUCGCCCUGCUCGGAGCUGGUAUCGGAGCUACACUAUUGAUCUAGGGUUAGCCAGGGUGGCGAUGUGGCGGUCAGUUGCUCGAAGGCACAAAAGAGUGCAUCCGCUUUUCCCCCGCCUGUUCGGCUCCAGAGUUUCCCGGCACCCUCUUCGUGACCGGACAAUCUAUCAUUCAGAUCAAUCGAUCAAUCUAUC